GUUUCAUAAAUUUGAUUUUAUUUUAGCCAAAGAGUAUAUAAGACUUUAACUAUGACUAAGUUUUGAAACAAAAUAUUGAAUUAAAAUGGUUAAUUUUAUUGAAAACAUUGAAUCCCAUUUGAGUUUGUCUCAAAGCGCAAUAGCUGGUGCUAUUGCCGGCGCAGUUACGAGAGCUAUCGCCCAACCACUAGAUGUACUCAAGAUUAGAUUCCAACUGCAGCUAGAACCUAUUAAAAAAGGAUCAAAAUAUAGCUCAACAUUGCAGGCUGUGUACUCUAUAGUAAAGGAUGAAGGAUUAACUGCUCUAUGGAGCGGUCAUAUUCCUGCACAACUUCUGUCUGUGUCAUACGGCACCAUACAGUUCUCGACGUACGAGAUACUUACUCAAAUUUGUAAAACAGCCGAUCCUCAGUUCUUUUACACACAUAAACAUUUAAUAAAUUUUUCCAACGGAGCCAUCGCUGCGUCUGUGGCCACACUUUUAUCAUUUCCUUUUGACACAGUGCGGACACGAUUAAUAGCUGAAGAAAAAACGAAUAAAGUUUACCGCGGCUUUACAAACGCUUUAAGUGUUAUCAUUAAAAAAGAAGGUUCUAGUGCACUAUAUAAGGGUAUAGUUCCAACUUUAGCACAAAUUGCCCCUCAUGCGGGCAUACAAUUUUUUGUAUACAAACUUUUUACUGAGCAUGUAUUUAAUAGGAUUAGCUACUUCCAAAGAGGCACAGAUGUAGCUACAGUAGUUGAAUCAUCUGUUACAGCGAAUUUAUUAGCAGGUGGUAUUGCAGGUAUGGUGUCCAAGACAGCCAUCUACCCUUUUGAUGUGAUAAAGAAGCGACUGCAAAUACAAGGUUUCCAAGAACAUAGAAAACUUUUUGGUAGACAAAUGUAUUGUAAUGGGACUAUGCAUUGUGUAAAAUUAACUGUUUCUGAGGAAGGCUUCCUAGCUCUGUAUAAAGGAUACGUACCUAGUCUGUUGAAAGCUGUGAUAGUUUCUGCCUUACAUUUUGCAGUCUAUGAUGAAAUAAAACAUUUUAUAAUCAGAAAUAGUAACUUAAAUAAGUAGUUAUCUGAUAAUGUUAUUAUUUAUUUGUAGCUGAACUCUCAAUAAAUUUUAGAUAUA